AACACUGAAAUAUACAGGUUAGUAUGAUUGAAUUUGAAAUGCAAACUUUUUCAAAUCUUAAUAAAAAUAGGUUGAAAUUCUCUAUGGUAUCCAUGUUGAUUUCAUUUUUUUAAUGUCAAAUUGGUGUCUGCUCAGCUACUCAGUAACACGAUAAAUAAAUACAACCUACCUAAAAUAAAGUCGCUACGAUAAAUUCAAAAUAUUGGAUAAAUAUGGGCGAGCUUUCACCGUUGUUUCGAAAUGUAUUCACCGACAUAACAGGCGGUAUAGUGGAUCAUCAGCAGAUGGGGAGAUGCGCCAGGCAAGAGCUGGACUUCCGGGAUUGUAUGGAGGGCUACGGCUGGGAUCGCGGGCUCGUCCGGUGCAAGCAUCUGUUGGAAGAUUUCCAAGAGUGCCAGACUAACAGGAAGCAAUUUUUGCGUUUCGUUGCUAUGCGUAGAGAGCGCGACAGGAAAAUAGCUUGCGGAGAGCUGAGCAAAGACAGGGCGUAUGUGUCACCGAGAAUGGAUAGCUACUAACAUUGAUGUGCUAGAUUCAAUAAAAAGUAUUUCUUAA